AUGCGCUUCCCCUUGGGCGCAGCCGCCCUUGGCUGCUUCGCCGUUCCCACCCUUGCUGUUCCGAAUUUGACUUACCGCAAUGAGACCGGAACAACACCCAACGUGGCUGUCAAGAAUGGAACGUACUCAGGUAUCUACAGUGCUGAGUAUGACCAAGAUUUCUUUCUAGGCAUGCCCUACGCACAGAAAGCCGCUCGCUUCAUUUUAGCCGAGCCGCUUGCCACUGCAUGGAACGGUACGAAGGAGGCCACAGCCUACCCGCCUCACUGCAUAGGCUACGGUGGCGACGAGAUCGGCUACCCACUCUCGGAAGACUGCCUGUACCUCAAUGUCAUCCGGCCCGCUGGGCUGGACGACACCGCCGACCUCCCGGUGGCCGUCUGGAUCCACGGCGGCGGACUCGUCAUGGGCGGGUCGGCCGACAGGCGCUACAACCUCAGCUUCAUCGUCGACAACGCCGUCCAGCAGGGCACCCCCAUGCUAGGCGUCAGCCUCAACUACCGGCUCUCGGCCUUCGGGUUCCUGAGCGGGAGCGAGGCGAGCGAGGCAGGCGUCACGAACAUCGGGUUCCGCGAUCAGCGGCUGGCUCUGCAGUGGGUUCGGGAGAACAUCGCGGCCUUUGGCGGCGCGCCUGACAAGGUCACUAUUUGGGGCGAGAGCUCGGGGGCUGAGUCGGUCACGGCCCAGGUCGUGGCUUAUAACGGUCGUGAUGACGGCCUGUUCCGCGGCGCAAUCGCCGAGUCGGGCUUCGGCAGCAUCCUGAACAGAUACCCAGGCGGCCUCAACGCCACAACGGCAUUGCAAGAGACAUUCGACAACCUCGUGGCCAACACAUCGUGCGCCUCCACCCUCGGCAUCGGCGACUCCAUCUCCUGCCUCAGCGCGCUCCCCCUCGACGAGCUCCACUACGCCCUCAACGUGACGGCCGUGGGGCCGUGGCCGCCCGUCCUCGACGGCGACUUCCUCGCCGACUACCCCUCGAAGCAGAUAGACAACGGCGCAUUCGUGCAGGUGCCGAUCAUGAUCGGGUGCAACAGCGACGAGGGCACGGCCUUCGGCCCCGACUCGCCGGUGAACACCGACGCCGACUUCGCCGCCGCCGUCCGCAGCACCAUCGACCCCAACGCCACGCUGUCCUCAGGUCUGACCAUCGACGCCAUUGUCGACACCCUCGCGGCGCUCUACCCCGACAUCCAGAGCGUGGGGAUCCCCUCGCUGGAAUCCUGGCCCGAGGUCAUUACCCCCGCCACCGACGGCGUCGCGUCUUUGGGUUUGCAGUACCGCCGCGCGAACGCGCUGUACGGCGACAUGAAGAUGCAGUACCUUCGGCGCGCGAGCAACGUCGCCUGGUCGGCCGCAGGCGUGCCGUCGUGGGCCUACCGCUUCGACGUGACCGUCGGCGGGGUGCCGGCUUCUGUAUCCGCGACGCACUUCCAGGAGGUCGCCUUCGUGUUCCACAACCUGGCCGGCGACGGCUACGCCACGAACCCGUUCGCCGGCAUGCCGGCGUCGUACCGGGCGCUCUCCGAGACCAUGUCGACGGCGUGGGUCAACUUCGUGACAGGGCUGGAUCCGAAUGGCGGCGGCGCGGCGGGUGGUGGGGGGAUGAUAGCGCCGGAGUGGCCGGUUUAUAACACGACGGAUGGUGGAGGUGUCGGGAGGGAGAUUGUUUGGAAGGCGGAUGAGGACGGGGAGGCGAGUUUUGUUGAGAUGGAUGAUUUUAGGGCGGCCGGCAUGGCGUGGCUUGCUGAGCAUUCUUUGGAUGUGUGGGGGGCUUAG